UAUCUAACAAAGCUUUAGCUUGGAAGAUCGAUGGCGGACGUUCGCACACAUCGACACCAGGUUCAAGUGCACCCUCUACGUCAGCACGAAGGAGGCAUCAAAGUGCUUUAUCCCCAGAGUGGGCCUUCUUCCACUCAGGUUCUAGCCGUGGUCGCAGGUGUACCUGUUGGAGGGACGCUGUUAACUCUGGCUGGUUUAACUUUAGCCGGUUCAGUUAUAGGACUAAUGCUUGCAUUCCCGCUGUUCCUCAUAUUCAGCCCGGUUAUCGUACCAGCAGCCUUUGUGAUCGGUUUAGCAAUGACAGGAUUCAUGGCGUCAGGGGCAAUAGGGCUCACGGGACUAUCGUCGAUGUCGUGGGUACUGAACCACAUCCGAAGAGUAAGGGAACGUGUGCCGGAGGAGCUGGAGGAAGCAAAGCAGCGUUUGGCUGACAUGGCCGAGUAUGUGGGGCAGAGGACAAAAGAUGCUGGGCAGACUAUAGAAGACAAAGCUCACGAUGUACGAGAGAGCAAGACUUAUGAUGUCCGAGACAGAGACACAAAGGGUCAUACAGCCUCAGGAGGAGACAGGGACACCAAGACUACUCGCGAGGUUCGAGUGGCAACUACAUGAAGCGUUUGUUUUGUGGUGAACAGAAGUGACUCGCCUGUUGUGGUUCUGGUUUCUCGGUAGAUAGGUGUUGUGCGUUUAAGUUUAAAAUGGUGUUCUGCUCUGUAAGCUUCUUCGAGUGUUGAGUCUAUUUUGUUUUUUUUUUUGUAAUAAUAAUGUGGGAGACGUUUUGCUUUUAAGGGUUCUGUGUUUAUGAAUAGUUUGAUCUAUUUGGAAUGGUAAAAUGCAUCCUGUUGUUUA